GAAUUUAAUUUAAUUUGAUACGUUAUUUUCAGUUUUUAGUUGAAUCCAAGCAAAUUUAAUGGUAUAUUUUGUUUAAGACUGUUUUGGGACCAAAAUCCUGUUGAAAAGGAAGUAAGAGAAAAAUGAAAAAGCACAAAGACUCGCACACUGCUCACUUGUAAGCUUGAAAUAGGCAAACCAUACAUGCUGCGCCAUGAAAGAAGCAUUUGGUAUCAUUAUUAAAAUUGUCACUAUUAUUUCUAUCAACCGUGGCAUAUAUAAACUUGUAUUUAUUUUUAAAGGUAUUCAGCAUGGAAUAUUUAAUUGCCUUUUCAAUGUACGUACAUGUAUUUAAAUAAAUGUUUCAAAUUGUCAGAAAUCUGUUUUCAGUUGUCUGUUCUGCAGCAAAGGAUGAGCUCGUGUUGAAAAAAAAAGUUUAAUUGAAUUGCAUAAACCUAAACAUAAUGACUGUCAUAGGAAUCCAAUAUGAAAUUUGAAGAACAUUCUCCAGGACACAGAAUACCAAACAUCCUGAUCCUCCAUCAUUUAAAUGCAUACUUUUAUUUGCAUCUUUAUGGCAUCAGAAUGAAACAGUAUCCAUUGCAAAACAAACAUGAAAUGUCCUUGAAAGAUCCUUGACAAUUCAAGACAAAUACUUUAUUACCUGUUUUAUUUAUUUAUUCAUUCUCAUGGAAAAAGAAAAUUUAUUUAAACUUUAUAUUUUAUUUCCAGUAAAACAUUGUAUGAUAAAGUCACAAUUAAAUCAAACAUCCUUGAAGAUAAUCAUUCGGAUCAGUCAUCGUCAUUCUUCAUCAAUGAAGAGGAGGCCUGAAUUUUCAUCUUCCUAAAUCGGCACAAAAUUAAUGCACUUCAAUCAGCGAAUACGACACAUCUCGCACAGGACUGCUUGACCCAGUUACAUUCCUUUAAUCAUCAAACUAUUGAAUUCAUCAAACAGAGAAUCGUGUAACGACGGAAGGGACAGAAGGAAGCUCGCCAAUCGAUCCACGCUAACGCUAUAUAUAUUCCCCUUAAAUUUCAUUUAUGCAAUAAGCUCAACAGACACGUAUCAAAUUUCCAGGAACGAUUCAUAAAACUGUCAAGAAUAAUUUCAAGCUACAUGUCUGUUUUGCAUUCUCCAUUUCACAUCGCUUUCCCAUCUGUUUUACGCUAUACUGGCUAUGCAAAUACCUUACUUAUCGCUGGCAGAUGAAACGGAUAAGCAUUGUUGUUUUCUAAUUCAUAGCUGACUAAAAAUAUUUGGAAACAGUCUAUAUUAUCAAGGUUUAUCUAACUUCAGCGAUUAUAUGAUGCUUUUGUAAAAUAUUAAGAAAGUAAAAGGUCUAUUUAUAGGAUUGAACUUAUAGAGCUUAUAUUAUUAGGAUAAUAGGGUGUAGAGCCCAUGUAUAGUAUUGAGUUUACAUAGCACAGAGUUUAGGUAUAGUGUUGAGCUUCCCCAUAUUAUAGCGUUAAACAUAAUGGGAUAAUUAAACAAAGAAAAGGGAACUGUAAUUGGAAAUAGUAUUACUAUUAUAAUAGUAAUUAGUAAUUAGUAAUACCAUUGUUAGUUAACAAUGUAAACUAUGGUACUUUUACCACCUUCAUUUCUUACCACUGUGUUAAUAGUACAAUAGUUAUAAUUAGAAACAUUUAACGCAUCGUUAUACGAUUUUAGUAUUUUAUUUGUUACGUAACGGUAGGUCGAAAAUAGUAAUAGGUUAGUUACGGGUGAUAAAAAAGGUAGACGUUCGGUUUUCAAUGGAAGAAAAGAAUGGUCACGUGGCAAUGGGUAUAUUGGUCACGCGUCUCAAGGUCCGCGUGAGGCCAUCAUCGACACGUGAACGUUCGUCCCAGCAACGGGAUAUUGUAUUUUAAAAUUAAUGGAAUUUCACCUGAUCGACACUGAUCGUCCUAUUAUUUCAAUUAAUUAACAGUUCCAUGCGUUUCAUAACCGACGAUCCGUUUAAUUAACACACCAUCCGGUCCUGUCGUCUUUACGCCCUCGCUGUUGCGUAACCAGCGUUACAAACAACCGAAUUUACCUCCUGUUUCAGUGAGGAACAUUUCACUAUCUUUCUAAAAAAGACUAUUGUUUAAGGAGGAUUAACAGUGAAUAGACAAUUCAUCCAUUUGCAAUUCUGUUACAAUAUUUAUUAAUAAUUAUUGUUAAUUAUUAGAGAAGUUAGAAUUAAGAAGUAGAACCUAAAAGAAGCUUUUAAAGCUGGGAAGUUUUAUAAGACUGUCUAGGAUAGAAGAAUGUGUGCUUUUAAGUAGAAAGAAAUCUCUUUCAUAUUUUCAGAAAAUAUUUGGCCAGGAAGAAAAGAGUGAUUGUCCAACUGGAUAAAUAAUAAAAGACCUAUUGUGCACAGGAUAUUUUCGUUGCGAGCUUCGCAGUUGGUUUAUAUCGAAUCGGUUUACGCGAAGAAGGAUGGGAGGGAGGGGCGUCAGUAGCCCUUUUGAACCGAUGGAGGGGGAGGGAUGCAACUCCUUGCGCAACUGGACGACUUCCUAACAGUUGCCGCGCGUACUUUGUCAAGUCCGCGUCGUUCCUCGUGGCAAACGUGUUCCAGACUGCAGUCAACACGAGACUUCAACCUGUUCAUCCAUCAAUUAAAACUUCACCUUGCUUUUGCGUCCUUCUGCUCGUCGCUUGCUAUUGCACUUUAAAAUAUAUUCUGAAGACUAUACCGUAAAGAAGAGAUAGUGGAUGAAACUUCUCCUGUUGAAGCAUGUUGACUGUGUUCAAUUAAUCCUAAAUCAAUGGAAUUUGAAGGCUAGAGAAGGAUGAGCUAAAUUGAACUAGAAUGUCAUAUCACUGACUAAUCUGAUCUGAGAAACUUGCACCCCUGUUCUGUUGAGAAUUCUCACAGAUAAAAGAAAGGAACCUGUCCAAGCGAAUAUCAUUAACAGAGAAGUGGACCAACUGGAUCAGCAGCAUAUCUGAAACUGAAGACAUCUACAAUCUUCUGUGUUUUAUCAUUUUGAAUAAGUGUAUUUAUAUCUUCAGCUCAGUUCACAAUGUAAGUCCAGUGUCUAGAACAAAUUACAGUUGCCAGUAAUUUGUGGACAAAGAAGUAAUACAAAAGAAGAAACAUUUCAUUAUACUGAGAAUUAAAGAUCAAAGGAGGUGAAAUCUUCAAAGGAUCACACUUUAAAGCAUCACUGGUGAAGAAACUCUAGAAGGAAUUCUUUUCACAAUUCCUCGAAAUGUUUCGUGUCAAAUAAAAGAUCUAGAGAAAUAAAAUCAAAAAAAGGAUAUACGAGUUGAAACUCACGUGUCUGAAGGGAGAAUUUGCAUGUUGAAUUGCAUUCAAUUGUACGCUCUUCAAGAAGAAAGGGUGAAGCAAUUUGAAAAAUGAAUGGACAGGGAAAAAGUACAAUGGAUUCGUGUUUCAACCGGUGUCCCUGUUGAUGCGAGAAGAAACUAAGGGGAAAGAUAAAAAUGUAGAAGCAGGAAGAAGUGAAGAUGGACAAUUAGAGGAAACAUGGACGCCUCUAAUGCCAUUGGCAACAAUACUCGGGAUUUCUGCGUCGCUAGAUCAAAGAACUUUGUACCUCCAGACGAUGAGCUCUGGUGCAAACCAGUAUGGGACUCGUUGCUCUGCUGGCCCCCGACCAAAGCAUCGACGACGAUCAAGCAGAGAUGCCCGUUCGAGGAUGGAUUCGAUACGACCAAAUCCGUGGAGAAGAAGUGCGGCUACAACGGUCGGUGGGAGGGCCAGAACGGUACCAGCCACGAGGACUCCCAUCACGGAUGGGCGAACUACACGACCUGUCUGAUACCGGAAAUGUUGCGGUUACAUGGAAAAGUUUACACCAACACCAUCGAGGGUAACAUGAAGAUGGAAAUAGUUGAGAAGACUCGAAUAUUGGAAUUCGUUGGUUUGAGUAUUUCUUUGGUAGCAUUGCUUGCUUCACUUGCCAUAUUCUGUCGUUUUAGAUCCUUGAGAAACACCAGAACCAGGAUACACAAGAACCUUUUUGUAGCCAUGGUUGUCCAGGUUCUCAUCAGAUUAACAGUGUACAUAGACAUUGAAAUCCAAAGGAAGAAGACAUAUGGUAUUCAGCGAGGCAUAGGAAAUACACCUGUGCUGUGCGAGGCUAGCUAUGUUUUGCUGGAGUAUGCAAAAACUUCAAUGUUCAUGUGGAUGUUUAUAGAGGGCUUGUUCCUACACAACAUGGUCACUGUUGCAGUGACGGUGUUCCAAGAGACGUCUUACUACAGGAUGUACAGAUUCAUUGGCUGGGGAUGUCCUGUUGUGAUGACCUUAAUCUGGGCCAUCAUUACUGCAUUUUAUUAUCAUCCAAAGUCCAGAUUUUCCAGAUGUUGGUCAGGUUAUAAUUUGUCUUCCUACUUUUGGAUCCUUGAAGGACCCAGGUUUGCAGUUAUAUUGCUCAAUUUUCUGUUCCUACUGAACAUUGUAAGGGUACUCGUGGUGAAGCUUCGACAGAGCCACACCAGUGAAAUAGAACAAGUCCUAAAAGCUGUGAGAGCAGCUGUGGUACUUCUACCACUAUUGGGCAUCACCAACGUGCUCUGCAUGAUAGACGCACCCCUGCACAAUGUGAAGAAAUUUGCAGUAUGGUCUUAUUCCACAUACUUUCUGCAGUCUUUUCAAGGCCUGUUUAUUGCAACACUCUAUUGCUUCCUAAAUGGCGAGGUGAGACUCGCUCUGGACAAAACCAUAUCCGUCUACCUUUCUUUAAGAGGAACUGACCUGCAACCUAGAAGACAGUCGACUUUUAGUGGCUGCCAACCCCAAAGAGUAGCAUCAGUGAUUGAAAUGGAAGAGGAGGAGAUGAGACCAAGCGGUUGGAUAAGACUGUGCUGUCGAGGUGGAAACACUCCACCACCGGACCGACCUGCUGAAACAGCGGUCUGACUGUGGAGCGUCUCAGGAAUCCUCGACACUGGCCAAAAACUUCAGAAUUAUUCCACUUGGACUGUAAACUUGUCUGAAGGAUGAAGCAGCACCUGGAUCAACCUGAACCAUUGUGAAUCAAGCUUCUGUCUAGAAAUUUAAUUGAUGUGGACUAAUUUGGACUGUGAUUUUUCAUGCAUUUUUAUUUACUGAAAGGGAUAAAUGGAUUUGGUGGUUGAAAGGUUAUUAAUGUCAUUGAAAUUAUAGAUUGAAUGGAAUCUUAUGAAUGAUGAAAUAAUUGAUGAUCAUUCAGAGUUUCAGGUUGUUGAAGUAAGCGAAGAAUCCAAAUGCUGGUUUAUGUAUGAAAAAUGAAACAGCUUGAAAUGAAAUUAAAUGAUUGGAGUCACUUGAGAGAAGAAUAUUAAUGAUUUGGAAUGAGAAUUGUGAAAUGGAAUGGGUGAGUGGAAAGUUUGAUGAUAUUUAGAAUGAAAUUAAUUGAUGACUUAGAAGUAAAGAAAUUUUUUGUGAAAUGUAUUGUUCGAGGUAGAUAUUAAUGUGAUAUUUAAUGGAAAUAAGGUAUCUGUAAUGUAUCAGAUUUCUAAUUAAAUAGAAGGUGCAUAAGAAUGUGAACUAGGCUGUGAACUGAUGAAUAAAAGUUUUGUAUGGAGUAAUGAAAGUGGUUGAUGAAUAAACACUGAUAAUCAUUCAGAUUUAAAGUGAAGUAACUAAAUAAAUAAAAGAUUGAUGAUGAAUGAGAAUCCAAGGAUUUUGAAACAAAACAUUAUGUUCAUUAGUUAAAAUAAGUUAUAAUGUUUGAAGAAUAAUUCAAGUAACGUUACAUUUUUUUAGAGGGACUGCUGUAUGAAAAUGUUUAUAUAGAUUUAACUGGAUGUGUAUAAUUGCUGUUUAUAUGCUUUUAAUGAUCUCUGUAAUUUGUGGUUACGAAGACUAUUGUAAAAUAUCAGUUUUUUUAACUACAUACAUUUCAAAACUAAUUUAACAACGUUUUGAAUUAGUUUUACCUAAUGAAUGAAAAUUUUUCUUCAAACAUAAGGGCAACAUUUUUAAUAUGUACAACAUUUCUAAUAUUGAAUGAUACUAGAAUUGACAGUUUCAUCACAACUAGCUGCAAAAUUAUAGAUAGAAUAAAUCUAUUUGUAUGCUUUUUUGCAAGAUGAAAGAUAAUUAGUCAUAAGGUUAGCCAAUUAGCAAAUGCAUCAGUGCUUCAACAACUUUGUAGCUGUGCGUUUUUUUAAGAUAUAAAUAAAUAAUUGUGACACCGAUUGUGUCUGGUUGCAUCAACCCUUGAGGUUAGAUUUCAUUUUGUAAAAUUAAAAUUCAUUGAAGAAAGUGUUUAAAUAAUUUUCUAAAUAAAAAUGGAGUUCCUUAAAAACAAA